CCCGCCGGCCUCUGCGUCCCAGAAUCCAAGAUGGCGGGGUCCUGGCGGAAGGGUCCCGGGGCCGGAGCGCGGUCGUUCUUCUGCGCCUUCUGCGCCCUGCUGCUGUCUUUAAGCCAGUUCGUCGGGAGCGACAGCGUGGGAGGCGACGCCGCGGCCCCCGGCACCUCGGGCAGCGCAGCCGACCUGCCACACCGCCGUUUCGAAUACAAGUACAGCUUUAAGGGGCCGCAUCUGGUGCAGAGCGAUGGGACCGUGCCCUUCUGGGCCCACGCGGGGAAUGCUAUUCCAAGUUCAGAUCAAAUCCGAAUAGCACCAUCAUUAAAAAGCCAAAGAGGUUCAGUGUGGACAAAAUCAAAAGCAGCCUUCGAGAACUGGGAGGUGGAAGUGACAUUUCGAGUGACUGGAAGAGGUCGAAUUGGAGCUGAUGGCUUAGCAAUUUGGUAUACAGAAAAUCAAGGCUUGGACGGCCCUGUGUUUGGAUCAGCUGAUAUGUGGAAUGGUGUUGGAGUAUUUUUUGAUUCUUUUGACAAUGAUGGAAAGAAAAAUAAUCCUGCUAUAGUAGUUGUAGGCAACAAUGGACAAAUUAAUUAUGACCAUCAAAAUGAUGGCGCCACUCAGGCUUUAGCGAGUUGUCAGAGGGACUUCCGUAACAAACCCUAUCCUGUCCGGGCAAAGAUUACCUAUUACCAGAAAACGCUGACAGUCAUGAUCAAUAAUGGCUUUACACCAGAUAAAAAUGAUUAUGAAUUUUGUGCCAAAGUGGAAAAUAUGAUUAUCCCCAAACAGGGGCAUUUUGGGAUAUCUGCUGCAACAGGAGGUCUUGCAGAUGACCACGACGUUCUCUCCUUCCUGACCUUCCAACUAACUGAGCCUGGAAGAGAGCCACCUACGCCAGAAAAAGACAUUUCAGAAAAAGAAAAGGAAAAGUAUCAAGAGGAGUUUGAACACUUCCAGCAAGAACUGGACAAGAAGAAGGAGGAAUUCCAGAAGGGCCACCCUGACCUCCAGGGACAGCCCACGGAUGACAUCUUUGAGAGUGUAGGUGAUCGAGAGCUGAGACAAGUCUUUGAAGGACAGAAUCGUAUUCACCUGGAGAUCAAGCAGCUUAACCGGCAGCUCGAUAUGAUCCUUGAUGAACAGAGGAGAUAUGUCUCUUCCCUGACCGAGGAGAUCUCCAGGAGAGGAACAGGAACCUCGGUGCAGCCUGGGCAGGUCUCUCAACAGGAACUGGAUGGUGUAGUGAAGACCCAGCAUGAGAUUUUGAGACACGUGAAUGAGAUGAAGAACUCCAUGAGCGAAACAGUCCGGCUGGUCAGCGGCAUACAGCACCCGGGCUCAGCAGGCGUCUACGAGACCACUCAGCACUUCAUGGACAUCAAGGAGCACCUGCACGUUGUGAAGAGAGACAUCGAUAGCCUCGCGCAGCGCAGCAUGUCAUCUAAUGAAAAGCCAAAAUGCCCAGAACUACCACCAUUUCCAUCAUGUUUAUCCACAGUCCACUUUGUGAUAUUUGUAGUGGUGCAGACAGUGCUGUUCAUUGGCUAUAUCAUGUACAGGACUCAGCAAGAAGCAGCUGCCAAAAAAUUCUUUUGACCUUCAUUUUCCUAUAUGUACAUCAUGUAUGUAUGUGCAAAUGUUGUCUUUUUGAGGGGAUUUAGUAUUUAAAUUGCUUCAUAGUCUAAGUUAUUAAAUUUUGUAUAAAGUAACUCUUGAAAACAUUCAUUUUUCAUAAAAAUAAAUGUUAAAGACAACCACAUUUUGUUCAUAGUACUACAUGUCUUUAAACUUCAGAGAGUGUCUGGUAGGCAGGGGGCAGCCACUGAGCAGAUAAGGGCAAGUCAAGGCCUAAAGACAGUAGGGGCAGCCACUGCAGAGGGUGCUACCCUCUACAUUUCUGGCAUUGGAGGUUUCUUCAUUUAUCUAAACAUACUUGCCCUUUUUCCACAGAAUAUGAGGUCUAAACAAGAGCACCCUAUUCUUGUGUGUUCAGUAACCAGUCAUUUUUAGGCAUGAGCAUUUUCUAAUAAAGGAGUGGGUUCUACAGUCCUUUAGCCCCAGCACAGCUCCCUCUAGGAUCAGUGAUUGGUCUGAGAGCUUUAAACUAGAUGCCAGGCAUUUGAGCACUUGCUGAAAUGUUUCCCCUCUGUUUUCAAUGUGGAUCCACUUUUAAAGAAGAUUUUGGUGGAAAACUAAUAACUACUUUUUCCCUAUGCCAUUUAGCUGAGAACAUUCCUAUGAUUUUUAGUGGGUAUUUUGCCUGCUAGUGUGUUCAUUCAUGAUGGCCACUGUUUUGAAUAUCUUUGUUGCAAUAAUGUCAGUUUGAUAUUAGAGUAAUAAUUUGUAUGCUCUUAAUUUGUGAAAUUUAUUUCUUCUAUGUUGUCAGACAUGUAGUUUAGUUCCAACUGCAUGUUCUGCCCCGAUUUUAAAUUCAGAAGAUUUACCAAUACCUUCUGGUUUACAUUACUCUAUGUAACCCAAGGUUUAAGACUUGCAAACUCUUAAAUGGAGGGGGCUGUGGCAGAAGCAGCUUUGAGCUAUUUGGAAGCAAAUUGGUAAAGUAAAUACUUAACUGUUUCUCCUUUAAAUGCUAGAAAUAAGGAUGUUGUGAAGUGUCCAUUUGUGAAUUAACCAGGAAACACUAGGCUGGAAAGAGAUUCUGUCAGUACACAGUUAUUUGUAGGUGUUUGAGAAACCACCUGUGACAUUUUAAAGUGCAGAUUUCACUUUUCUUUUCACAGCUGGGCUAGACUUUCGCUGGCUUCAAGACAGUUUACCUCUUAUUAAAAGUAAUGGUCUCGUUUGCUAUGGGAUCCAGAACAACACUGUUUAAUAAGAUACGCUACUAGAUUGUUGUAAGCCUUCGUAAGUUUCCUCUCAGAUGUCAUUUGCAGAUUGGGCUAACCUAAAAUCUCUAAAAAGAUUUUAUGAAGAGCACUCUACGGUGACUACCUAACUCAGACCGUACGUGCGGUCUUGCCGUGCAUUUUAUGCUGGCCUUUAUCCUAGAAAUGUCACAGUGACUCCACAAAGCUCAUGGCAGCAUAAAGUGUUUCUUCCUUUACCUUCUGUAAAGUUAGCGUUUUGAAACUCAUGUUCCAAUAGUGUCAUCUUCAAGAACUUACUUCAGAAGAAUGUCAAAUUGUAGACUGCGCAUCUUGGGAAAUCUUGAGAUAAAAGGCUGCCAAAGCCAGUAUUACAGAGCCCAGAGUCAUGUGUGCCUGGACAUUAAAGGAAUCCCAGAUCUGGGCAGUGUACAUUUGUAGGCUCAAGUCCGAGGGAAGUGCACUGAUCAUUCCUAAUGUGACUGUAGCAGGGGCAGGGAUCUUUCUACUUGUUAAUUGCUUAAAAAUCACAUAUCGGUCUGUAUUUGUUUUUCCUCAAAAUCAUUAAAUCUAAAUAGCUCACUUCUGGGGAAAACCUUGCUCUGUGGAAAACUAUCACUGCCGGAACUCCUCAAUCUCUGUAGUGUCUUGUGUAAUUGGAGUAACUCACUUCUCAUACCAGCAAAUAUUUUACAGGUGCCUUGGAUUAAAACAAAAUUUAUUUUAAAACUUUAAUGUAAGUCAUUAUUUAUGAUGCCACUUUUAAAAGAAAUCUCAAUUAUGUACUUGCUGUAAAGGCUUGUGUAAUAGGCUGUGUGCAUUCUAAUUAUUUGAAUGCUUCAUUUAGUUUAAAACUUCGCCAUGAAGUCACAAACAAUAACCAGUGUUUUAUCACUAUUGAAGGCACACCAGUGUUUUUCAAAGUAUGGCCCAUGGACCAACCAUUCAGUUCAUGGAAUACUUAUUAAGAAUACAGAUCCCAAGGCCCCAUUCCAGUCCAUCUACAUCACAACUCGGGUGGGGCUUCAGAGUGUCCAUUCCACAGACACCACAGACAUAGCACACUGAGAACCACUAGAACGAGGAGUUGGGGAAAGUGUUUGACGGGUGUUUGUUUUGUGGGCUCAGAGCUGAGCUGUGCCCAUUUUCACUGUUAUUGAGGUCAGCAUCUGUGCUGGUCCUUCUCUUAAUCUUAGUGUUCGUUUUGCUAAAACUCUCCAUUCAUUAGCAACUACAAACUAAGUCCAGGUCGUUGGCUGACCUCUUGGCACUUAGUGGUGGUGUUGAAACCUGCAGAAUCAUCUCUGGCUCAUGGCAGAGCAUAACAGUGCCCGGUGUGGAGCCCGCCUGCAAAGCUGUUGCCUUCCUCACAGUCACCUUCUCAUCCCAGACAGCACAUGUUGGUAACUUGAGGAAAGUGGAAAAGACUUGAAUAAGGGGUUGCUUACCUGCUGCUUGCAGAGAAUCCGUCUCUGUAAAGAACAUUAUCACUGUGGUUACUGGGGUCUGACCCUCUCAGUGCCCACAUGCUGGUUGGAGGAAGGCAAUGAACAAAUUAGUCAUUGGGAAUUUUGAAUUUGUAAGAUUUAGGGUGAGGUCAGCUCUUAUAACUUUUUAAAUCUGUGUGUUGCCCAUUUUAAUAUAUUUCUUUUAUGAUGUUAAAGUUUAAAAGGGUUUUCUAUCCACUGUCAAUUUCAAUUAUAUAACAUUUUGUCAAGGUUUUUUUUGUUUGUUUUGUUUUCCUUUUCUGAUUGUUACUUGAUGCUAGCUGGAAUUCAAGAAAUGUCAAUGACCUUAUUCAAAUAAAAGAAAUAUUUUAGUAAA